AUGGCUUCUUCAAGUCGAUCCUACAAUGACGCCAUUGAUGCGCUCAACUCACUUCAGACGCCUUUCGAUAUAAUAGAGGCUAGGAGGAAGGCUGGUAUCAGACCAGAUGCCGUGUCUAUCAAAGAGAUGAAGACCUAUCUUCAUCGGAUCGGCUAUACCCCCUCAGACUUGGAUCGCCUCAAGAUAGUUCACGUAGCAGGAACAAAAGGCAAGGGAAGCACCUGCGCUUUCGUCGACUCUAUUCUCUCCCAGUACCAGAACUCGUAUCCUGCCCUGCGCAAGACGGGCCUCUUCACCUCUCCGCACCUCAUUGCUGUCCGCGAGCGUAUCCGCAUCAACUCGACGCCAAUCUCGGAGGAGCUCUUUGCAAAGUAUUUUUUCCAAGUCUGGGACCGUCUUGAGGCGGCGCCCAAGGGGGAAGGCGAUGAACUCAUGGCGCCCCGGCCCAUCUACGCACGGUACCUGACGUUGAUGAGUUGGCAUGUGUUCCUUCAGGAGGGUGUGGAUGUUGCCGUGUAUGAGACAGGUAUUGGAGGUGAAUAUGAUGCGACGAAUGUCGUUGAGAGGCCUGUGGCGUCAGGCAUCAGCACCCUAGGCAUCGAUCACGUCUUUGCGCUGGGCGACACGGUUGCGAAGAUUGCAUGGCACAAGGCCGGUAUCAUGAAGACGGGCAGCGCGGCCUUUACCAUUGAGCAGGUCCCUGAUGCGGACGAGGUCCUGAGGAAGAGAGCAGCGGAGAAGAAGGUUGACCUAAAGGUUCUGGAUAUUGAUCCUCGACUGGAGGCUGUCAAGAUCCGACCAGACGCCGUCUUUCAGAAACGCAAUGCCACUCUGGCUGUUGCCCUAGCUGAGACUGCACUGGAAAAUAUUGGGGUUCCUCUACCACCCAAGACGGAACCACUACCGAAAGAGUUUGUUGAAGGUCUUGAAAAGGUUGUGUGGAGAGGUCGAUGCGAAGUCAAGAAGGAGGAAAAGGUGACCUGGCACGUCGAUGGUGCUCACACAUCUGACAGUCUCAAGAUGUCGGCCAAGUGGUUCAAGGAUGAAACUUCAGGACGCCCUGGCCCUCGUGUCAUGAUCUUCAACCAGCAAGGUCGCUCCGAGGCUGUCGACUUCCUUGAUUCAGUGUUCAAGGCGACGAAGCGAGAUGGAAAACCUGCUUUCGACCAUGUCAUCUUCUGCACCAACGUCACAUACGCCGCCUCUGGUUACAAGCGCGAUUUUGUCAACCGACAGUACGAUCCAGCUGAGAUCGACAAGAUGACGGUUCAGCAUCGCUUCGCUGAAAAGUGGCUAGCUCUGGACCCUGAAGCUACCGUCAAGGUGAUGCCGACGAUUGAGCAGUCUAUCGACUAUGCCCGACAUGUGAGUGAGGGUCUCCCCGAGGGUGAGACAGUGCAGGCCUUGAUCACAGGGAGUCUGCAUCUCGUCGGUGGAGCCCUGGGCAUUCUGGAAAAGGCCGACGCUCUGUGA